GGCAAUUCCGAGCCUCAGGCUCGUUAUCCGAAUAUUCUAGGUUCGGUCCUCUCUUUCUCUCCCUCUCUAUAAAUACACACUCUAUAUCGCUACGCGUAUCUUGCGGUGAAUGGUCAGAAAGAAAGUUUCGGAAUUUCAACCUUCAGAUAUUUUCGUUCUCUCAUCAGGUAAUUUUGUUGUACUAAUCAAGGACGUUUUGGAGUAACUAAAAGGUGGGAUGGCAUCUACGUUGAACCCUAAUGCACCUCUUUUCAUCCCUGCUGCUGUUCGGCAAGUGGAGGAUUUCUCGCCAGAAUGGUGGGAUCUGGUUAACAGCGCGGCAUGGUUCCGUGACUACUGGCUUAGCCAGCGCCAGGGAGAGGAUGGAUUUUAUGGAAAUACUGAGGAUGAGUUCAGCAGCAAUGAUGUUGCUGCUCUGUUGCCGGAUUCAAUUGAUCUUGGCAUUGAUGAGGAGUUCCUAAGUAUGGAGGCUCAGUUCGAAGAAUUCAUCCAGUCAUCUGAAGCUGGAAAUGCAAAUAGAUCAUCGUUCACCACAAUGAAGGGAGUCCCUGAAAAUGAUUUUGCAAUGGCAGAUGCGAUGAUGAGAAGCCUGAGUUUGUCAAAUUCUUUCAAGGAGAAGAGUCCCAAAUCCCUUGAACCAGCAAAACACUGGGAGAAGCCAGCAAAGAGUGUUGGCCCAAAAACCAGCCACCGUCGCAUUCAGCAGCCCCGCUAAAUGUCUCCUCGUUGGAAUUGAGCAUGCAGUUCAUCUAGACCGGCCAACAGAGUAGUUUGUCGAUAUAGUUUCUGUAUAGAGCAAGGUUUCAAGUCUUUGUAUAGCCUUGUUCAUUCUGACUUCUUGUCUUAGUUUCCAUAAGACUUUAAGAAACUGUAAGAAAAGGGAUUGUAGAAUUUGAAUGAAAAGGGAAAACUUGUUUUGUUGCCA